AUGGCCGGAUUUGAGCUUGUUGGACCGAGUAGCACGUUUUACGUCGGACAGAAGUCACACAACAACAACCUCAGCAGCGUAUUCAGUAUAGCGGCGAGUGGUUGCACCGAGCGGUCCUUCUCGCCAGACUUCUCAGAACGAGGGAUCGACUCCAUCGGGAGGAACGAGCUCUCGACAAGAAGUCCGACCUGGAGACGCGAUGAGCGACCGCAAUUCGGCAGUGGUGCUCAUGAUUCCUCACGACAGAACGGUAGAGACUCCGACCAGCAAACGAGAGACAUCGACGAACUGGCGCGACGUGCUGAAAAGGAUAUCAGGCUCCCCACGAAGCAACAGGAACUUUACCCUGAAAGCCAGGUUAGGCCGAACCUCACAUGGCGAUGGCCUUGCCAAAUCGGAGUGGGCUUGGAGAACAUGGGCAACACGUGCUACCUGAACUCGAUUCUACAGUGCCUGAGUUACGUUCCCCCUCUGGCCCAGCACCUGUUGAACGGCGGUUACUCGCAGGGGUCUCAAGCAACGUGCUCCGAGUCUCCGCUUCCUCUCAACGGGUCCACCGACUUCGGUGAGGACGACAUCCUAGGGGCCAUGCAGAAGCUUGUGGGACAGGUGCUCCUACAACAUCAAAUGUCCGCGCGGGUUUUGUAUUUGAGCGCUUUGCUCGGUAUCUCGCGCGACCUCCCCCUCUUUCAGAUCCACCAGACCAAGUCAGGGUCAGCAGAUCAACAAGCGAUCAGGCCGCGCACGUUUUCCGACAACCUGAGAAAGAUCGGGGAGAAAUUCCGGCGGGGCAGACAGGUGAUGAACCUAGCUAGUAGGACACGACCUAUCUCCUUGCGUUGUUUUUCUUUCCUUCCUGACCAACGCACGUCCGGGGACGCAACACCCUACGGCCAGGAAGACGCCCACGAACUCUUAAGACACCUGGUGGACAAGAUGGCGGGGUCCUACCUCGAACGCCGAGGGGUAGACCCGUUUGCAUCUAACAGGCUGGGGGAGACGACUCCAAUUCACCGUGUCUUCGGAGGAUACCUCCGAAGUCAGCUUGAGUGCUCGAAGUGUGGCUUCUGUAGCGACACCUUCGACCCCUUCAUGGACCUGGCCAUGAACGUCGAGAAGGUCGACUCACGCGGCGUGGCGAUGAAGGAGAGGUCUCUCCAAGCGGCCCUCAGGCGCUUCACCGCCCCGGAAACCCUCGGCGCUGGCAACGAGUGGAAGUGCGGGGGUUGCAACAAGCUGGUCGAAGCGGAGAAGAAUUUGUCGGUAUUCAAGCCACCGAACGCGUUGGUGUUCCAGCUGAAAAGGUUCGGCUUCACGAAUGGGCCGAGAAAGGUCAACGACCACAUUUCCUUCGGCGACAAGCUCAACCUUGAGGUGUCGGGACCGGAGCGUUGGACGAACUACGAUCUCACGGGGGUUGUGAUUCACUCGGGCAAGACCAUGUCUUCCGGGCACUACUACGCCUACGUGAGGUCAUCGGCCGGGUGUUGGGCACGGAUGAACGACAGCGUGGUGACGAAGGACCAGGGCCAGCUCAACCCCAGCUCAACGCGCACGCGCUCACUUGCGUGCAUACAGGUCACGCUCGACACCGUGCUGAGGGACAAGGCCUACGUCCUCUUCUACACGCGCUGCCCCGUGCCGGCGCCCCCCGCGGUCCAGCGCCCUAUUCUCCCCACGCCCUCACCCUCAUUGGCAUCCUCCUCUUCCAGCCCUGCCACAGGGGGAACCGUCGCCGCCGGCGCUGACGGGGCAUCCUCGGUCGGCAAGGGUUCGCCCACCCACGCCGCCGCCCUCGCCGCCCUCGCCGCCCUCGCCGCCCGCGCUUCUCCCGCCCCCCCCGAGGACAAUGAGAGCAGGAAACGCAAGAGAUUUCAGGAGCUGGCCGGAGAGAGUGAGAGAGCGUUGGCGGCAGCGGCGGCGGCGGCGCUGGUGGAGCCGCCAGCAGCCGGAGCAGCGGUCGGCGGAGAAGCCGGCAAGGAUCCGUACGAGGCCGCCAGGGGUACUUCAAGGCGCCGGCUUUCCGACGGAAUCUGGGUUGCGGGCGGUGCUAGCCAGAGCCAGGGUGCGGCCGAGACACCGGUCGCUUUAACUCCGGUUGUAGCAGUACCCUCCGCGCCACCAGCACCGUCCGGUACUACACCAGCAGUUCACCGACCACCACCACCAUUUCAACUAAGGUGCCCCUCCGCACCUGCCGGAGGUGGUAUCGACGGAGAACACGGCUUAGCGGCGACGGCGGCGGCGGCGGGGGAGGGCAAAGGGCGCAGAGACGGUGGCGAUCCGCUACAACUGGAAGGGUUCGCACCCGCCAGAGGCAUCGAGGAGAGCGGCCGUAACGGUUGCCCGGCGGAGGGGGUCGGCGGAGACGCAGCACCAGCGACGGUAGUUUCGCCGUCCUCGUCCCCUGGACGUCCGUAUAUCGUCGAACCACAUCCACGCGAGGACGGCGCUCCCGACGUCGUCAACGUGAAGCGACCCAGAGAAGACGAAGAAGCUCAAGAGGAGUCGGUCGCUGGGACAGAGCGUCACACAAGUCCAAAGCGUCAGAGGCUCGGCGACACGACCAGCCAGGCGGGAGGUGUUUUGGGCGCCUGCCGCCGUGGUACCCCAACCCCACACGUUUGA